GCAGCAGGUGCGAGAGCUCUCGCUGCGUGCGCCCGCCGCGAACUACAAAGCGAAGCUCAUACCCUCUGGGAGUCUUCUCUCGCUUAUACAUUCCGUGGAAGUACAACGUGUUCCUUCUAGUCCUCGCUUUCCGUGGAGAUUCAAGCUGAUCGUUGGCUAACGCAGACGUUUCUGAUUCUCGCGCGCGCACGUGUUAAUUAUUGCAAGAACCCGACCUGCGGUAGAAGACAACUGCAGUCACGCUACGAAAGACGCCUGCAGCAAGUCGUGCCCGUUUCGAUGAUGGAGGCGCCGACACGCAACUGAGCAGAAGUGUCUUUAUGAGGGUCAUGACUAGAAACAUCGGUGACACUCACAUAGAACUGCUGGAGCAACAAGAGAGAGAACCACUGCAGAAUGAAGCAGCCAGCGGCUCAGUCAGUGAGGAACCGCCACCUAGUAGUGGACGAGGACAGGCUCACAGCACCUUCCCCUUUCCACAACUGGACUUCCCUCGACCCAUAGUCACGUACUUCGGGGAGAAUGUGGAGAGACAACGCAGAAGUAAACAUUUCAGGUUGUCCAUACAGUCUCGCAUCUAUAACUUCUUGGAGAGACCCAGCGGGUGGAAAUGUUUUAUCUACCACUUUGUCGUGUUUAUGAUGGUUAUCACCUGUCUCAUAUUCAGCGUUCUCUCAACCAUUGAACAGUACCGCAGCUUUGCCAAUGAAACUCUCUUCUGGAUGGAGAUUGUGCUGGUGUCCUUCUUCGGUGCGGAAUACGUGACAAGGUUAUGGGCUGCUGGCUGCCGCAGCAAGUACAUGCAUCUAAGAGGCAGGCUGAAAUUCGCAUGGCGUCCGAUAUGUAUUAUAGGUGAGCAUGAACUGAUCACUACCUUGUACAUAGGAUUUCUUGGUCUCAUCUUUUCAUCAUAUUUUGUCUACCUGGCCGAGAAAGACGCAGUACCAAGCAAGGAUGGCAAAGCUGACUUUGACAACUAUGCAGAUGCCCUCUGGUGGGGAGUAAUUACCGUAACUACAAUAGGGUACGGUGACACCGUCCCUCAGACGUGGGUAGGGCGCAUCGUUGCCUCGUGUUUCUCCGUUUUUGCUAUAUCAUUCUUCGCAUUGCCCGCGGGCAUUCUGGGCUCAGGCUUUGCACUGAAGGUCCAACAGAAACAACGGCAGAAACACUUUAAUAGGCAAAUUCCCGCUGCUGCUUCUUUGAUACAGUGCUUGUGGAGAUGCCAUGCUUCAGAAAAACGAUUCAAAUCCGAAGCCACGUGGAAAAUCUACCUGCCGGAUCCGGCAAACAAUAGAGGCUACGGUACAAACUCGGCGUACAACAAAAUAGCGAAGCGUGCCAGCAUGCUGAAACGCAGGAUGUCGAAAGCGAAACUGGAUCUGCCCACACAUCUCACGCAGGCUUUCCACGACGGUCUCACACAUCGGAAUAGCUCCGACGAGACCGUGAUUGACCAUUCUGUCGAAGACACGAAACCUAGCUCAGCCAUCGUUGAUCGACUGCACAAGCGUUUCAGCCUGCCGUUUAUACCCAAUCCUUCCUCCGGCACAGACUCGCCUACGCGGAUGCAGCACGCAGACUCGUUCAGCGACGAUAUGGACGAUCUCGACCAGACGCCGCGUGUGCAAUUUCUAACGGACACGCACAAGGCUGCAAUUCGCGUCCUCAGGAAGAUCAAGUAUUUUGCUGCGAGAAAGAAAUUUCAGCAAGCUCGCAAGCCAUACGACGUGCGAGAUGUGAUAGAACAGUACUCUCAGGGUCACCUCAACAUGAUGGUCCGCAUCAAGGAGCUUCAAAGACGCCUGGAUCAGACACUUGGUAAACCUGGAUCCUAUAUUGCACCCGGAGAAAGAGGAAAGCAGAUAAUGACAAUCGGUGCAAGGUUACUCAGAGUUGAAAACCAGGUUAUCAGUAUGGACAAGAAGCUAGACAGGAUCAUAGCAAUGCUUUCUCACCUGGUGGAGAACACAGAGCGACCGGUAAUGAUAGAGGGCCUAUCCGCUCCGUACUCAUCAACAGUGGAUGACGCGUCGACGUCGCCCGCGGCACUGCGGAGGCACAUAUCCUACAAGUGAUUUGUGAUGACAAUCGUUGCGAUGGCAACAGCUCAAUUUCCUCGUGGCUACUGAUAGAGUAGACAUUGCUUAUUCUCCUUGGGUGUCAAGCUUCGCGCGCACCGUACACAACCAACUAUUGGAUCGAUAGAAGAGCAUAUUGAGAACCCAUCGAAAAUUCGCAGGAAAACUUCGAAUGUAGAUAGAUGAGAGACAGGUGGACUGCAUCGAUAUUACGAGAAGCCUUUGUAGUGGAUAAAUGAAGAUGUAAGAUUACUACGUGGCCACUUCAAUAAGAUUGAAGAGAAGCCAGAAGUUGAUCACUUGAUAUAUAUAUAUAUAUAUAUAUAUAUAUAUAUAUAUAUGGGCGAGAGAGACUAUAAUGGGCUAGAGGUCGCAGAGCAAGAUCAAAAUGGCAAAUAUCCUGCGGUGGCAUCCAUUGACUGUUAUGGAAGAAAUAGGUCAACGCGACUACACUGCAAGCGCAUAGAACGCUUGGAAAAUAAAAAUGAUCAUGUUUACUGAAAGGACAGAAGGGAGCAAUAAUGGAAUAUAGUUGUUCGUCUUGUACUUUAUAUUGCGCGAGAUUUAUAACAUCACAGUGCGCACAUUAUACUGAUACCAUGCGAGUUUUCGACAAGAAUUGAGGAAAACUAUACUGAGAGAACAGCUGUAUAUAGUAACAGCAGUACAGACAGGCAGUGCGCGCGUAGGCCUCGGCUACGUCUAAGCCUCUUCCUGCGUUUUCUAUUACUAUUCUAUUCCAUUUCUACCUAUCCACUCAAUUGUAAUGUUUCAAUGUCGCGAGUUGUAUUGUAACCUAAUGUUAGUUGGCUCGAUUUUGUUAAUGAGUUGACCUUCCUGUUGCCACAAUGUGAUGCACAUAGAGACAUUAGUUCUGUAUAUUCACCUCCUUCCACAAUAGUUUAUAUCGUACGUCUUGGAUAUAAAUAAAUGGGCAAAACUUGGGGUAGUUCAAAUCCACGCGAGUGCGAUUUGAUUUUGCAUAAACAUAAACACAAUGAGUCACUAGUUAGUAGCAGUUACUUGGCAUCCACAUAAACAAUGCAUGCACGUGUCGUAGCCACGUAUAAACAUUGUAAAUGAGAAAGAUGACUUGCCUGUUUCAUUUAUUGGCAACUUCUAAUUCUUAUUUAUGGACUAUUUUUGUGAACAUGUACAUAUUCUACUAUUAAAAUUUCCGAAUUUUAUAGUCAUAAA